AAUUUAACAAUUGUAAAAUACAUAUUAAUUAAACAGACCAAUUCAGACCAGACUAGAGAUGUUAUUAUUUGGAUCAGUUUCAGUCACAGACCAGACUAGACCAGAUAAACCAUACCAGAUUUGAACAAUUAUAAAAUACAUAGGCAUCAGACAUCUAUCAGACCAAACCAAUUUAAAUCAGAUCAAAUCAGAAUAGACCAAAUCAGACUAGAUCAAAAAAAAUCGGUUCAAUCAGAAAAUUGUAGAUAAACUAUUUGAAAAGAAUAUAACGGACUAUUAAAAGUAUACUAUUGGAAAAUUUACAUUAUUUGAAAAUAAUUCUAAGUUUAAAAUAACGGAAAAUUAUCAAUAUUCUUUUAACUUUUAGAAAUGAUUUGCCAAGUUGAAAUUUAAAACUAACAGAGUAGGAAGACACAUUACGGUUUAGGAUAGUGGAAGCACUCCAUAAUUAAAAAAUAGAAUAAAGAAAGUAAACCGCGAUGACAGGGAAGUGCUGGAUUCGCCAAGAAGAAUCGGUCAGGGGUAUGUGCCAAGCCCGCGAUGACAGGGAAGUGCUGGGAUUCGCCAUUAACGCCGACGGACGAACUAAAUCUGGACCAGGGAAGACGGACAAAUCCGGCGUCGUUUGUGGACACUAUAAUCUUCCUGGCCACGAUAUAUCACGGUGCUUCUAGAUCGUUGGGUACCCGGAGUGGUGGGGGGACCGACCCAGAUUUGCUUCGAAAGGCGGAGGACGCGCUCGUUGGUCUGCCGUCGCACGUGGUGGCAGUGCUAGAGGACGAGGUCGCGGAAGUGUUCGGGCUCACGCAGCUGCAAUCAAAGGAGGUCCUCUCUCUGGCCGAUCUGAUUUUAACGAAGAAAAGGGAAAUCCAUCGGGUCAGGUAGAAAAGGGGGGAAGACCGCAUUAUACCGGGUUUUACCCAGGAGCAAUGGAAAUCCAUUUUAGCUGCGUUUGGUAAAAUUAAUGGGAAAAUCCAUUUUUGCGUACACACUUUUUACACAUGUAUUUUUACACAGACAUGUGUAAAAAGUGCGUACGCAAAAAAGUGUGUACCCCAAGUCCAACUCAAAAUUAAUACACCCAGUGAUCGGAUUUCUGGUACGUUUGAUAUUUUAUCUCGGAUUAUCGAUAUCGGGGCUACUAACCACGUUACGGGGAUAUAUUUCUACAUUGCAUAAUAUCACACAAAUUGGUCCAUGUCCGGUAAGGCUCCCGGAUGGUCAAAAAGUCAAUGUUACUGAACGGGGAUCAAUCAAUCUGAUUUAUACGUUGUGUUUACAUAAUGUGUUGUUUGUUCCUAAAUUAAGUUGUAACCUUAUUUAUGUCUCGCCGCUUACUGAAGAUCUCGAUUGUUUUGUUCAAUUCACACUUAAUGUUAGUGCUUUACAGGACCGACAUUCGAGGAGGCUGAUUGAAGCGGGUGAAAGGCGGAAUGGACUAUUUUUUCAGGAUCUUGAUGGGGCCAAAAUUUAUGGAGUGCACAAAGAAGGAUAAAUUGAUGUUUGGCAUCGAUGACUAGGACAUCCAUCUGAAACCGUAAUGAAAUGGCUUCAUGGUGUGAGUGGCUAUAAACAUAUUGUCAGACAACCAUGUGAAAUCUGUUUUCGAGCUAAACAUACCAGGGAAUCGUUUCCUAUUAGUACCAGUACAUCUACACAUAUUUUUGAGCUUAUACAUUGUGAUUUAUGGUGUCCGUACAAUACUCCAGCAUUCUGUGGUGUCAGACAUUUUUUAACAAUCAUUUAUGAUUUUUCUAGUGUUGUUUGGGUUUACUUGCUUG